ACAGAGGAACAGCGACUAAUGGGUCACUCGCUUAUGUAGCGGCAGCCAGGGGAGAGUUUUGUAGUUUCGUGACCAAGACGAUGACCCAGCACUGAGAUGAAACAACGAGAUCUGCCCACGUGCAGGAGCGAGCCACAACUGCAGCACCUCGGCUGCCAAGUAGUUAAUUCACCGCGGUCGAAUGCCACUCGUGCACAAUUCACGUGGCACGGUGACAAUUAAGACGAGAGAGAGAGAGAAGAAUCGAAGAAGCACAUCCUCCUCGCAAAUUCAUAUAAGGCCGGGAUGAGAUCGCAACUUCCGCCGCCGUACCGCAACUUCAGACUCACCGCGACCGGGAAGUCGAGAGCGACUCACGGCGCACAGGGGGGGUUAAUAAACGUCAGCUACAAGGCGCAGAGAAAGAGAGAGGGAAGAGAGCGAGGGGAUCGCUGCUGCGCCCUGCCCCGAAGAGGAACCAUGCACGGAUUUUGUAAAUGCGUUGUGUUGCCGCUUUGUGUUCAGCUCAUCGUGCUGUCAGCAUUGGAUGCCCACAACAACAUGGCCGUGCCCGUGGGCCAGAACGUGUCCUUGCAAUGCCCCACUGUCUCCCGCGUCAGCCCCAAACAGCCGACGGUCCACUGGGAGUGGACGGGAAAAAACCACCGCGCACCGUUGCAGCUGGCGGAGGGCAGUUUAUCGCACGGCACUUUCAACGCGAGAUACAACAUCGACGCCCUGCGCAUGUUCGGGCGGCGCCUCGCCAUGUGGCGACAGCGUGGCUCUCCCUCUUGGCGUCAGGACGUCGAGUUCACUCUGGGGAUAGCCCACGUGCGAUCUUCUGACCAGGGCGUGUUCACCUGCAGCCUGACGUGGGAGAACGGCUCCAGGAGCGUGAACAGCGUGCUGCUGGAGGUUCUGCGGCAAGGUGUGUCAUUACUCGUAACAAGUGCAGCUGUAACGUCCACUGUACAGGUCGUCACCCCGUCCACGGGCCCAAAUUCAGGCGACUCCUUGAGAUGGGUUGUUGUGCCGACUGGCCUGCUGCUGGCCUCCCUGACCGUGCUGCUGGUGGCAGCCACACGCUCCCUGCGAAGACGUCUGCUUGCGAAUCGGGCCGCGCUGCUGGACGCAGAUUUCGCGAAGAGCGUGCAAACGACCGACACGGCUUCUCUCCGCCUGCCUGAGGACCACUCCUGUGGGUACAACGCUCGCGUCACCUGCGCAGCUCCGCCUGACCACACCGUGAAGCAUUACGAGAGCAUGCGGAAGAUCAUACCAACACACGCCCCUGCUGUUGAGAACACUGCGGACCAAUACAUCUAUGAAGACAUGGCCAACCUGGCGUAACUCGCGUGCAUGUGAUAUGGUGAUUAGAGCCGGCCCCUAGGGUGCGGCGGAUCGGGGUGACCGUCCCGGGCCCCGCGCGCUUUGGCUGGGGGGGCGGCAUGUUUCAACAUCACAAUACCAGAUGUAAUACUUCAGGUUUAGUUUGAAGGCGGCGGGGGGCCCACACGGUGGAGUUUGCCCCCCCCCCACCCCCAUGGACGGUCCUGAGUGUAAUUGUAAACAUUUGUAACGACUCGGCGAUAGGUUAUAUGAAGAGCCACUUUCAUUUGAAGACUUCUACAAUAAGGGACCCUAGGAUUGGUGCUUGUAUCUUCCUCCGAGCUCCCCCACUCCCCGUGCUCCCCCCCCCCCUUAUAUCUCCCUCAGCCCCCCUUUCUCGAACCUUCUCGUCUUUGUUUUUACCUCGAGCCAAUCCCCGUACUUUCCCUUGAACGGAUCCUUUUUGUGUUUCCCGUUCAACCCUUAGUCUCCAAUCCCUUUAAAGUCUGCCUCCCGACCAAUCACCGUGGAGGCCUCUUUCUUCCAAUCAGAGACCGUUGUUUAUGCUUAAAUAGCCAUUAGGCUGCAUGUGGCUUGGGGUCAUUUUUCGGUCUUUACACAUUUCAGUUUAACACGUAGGCUUUCGCGACCAAUAUUAUUAAUAAUAAAGGGUUUUUUUUGGUUAUAUCGCGUUAUUUAUAAAUGUCGCAACCCUCCACCACCCGACACGGCUAAUGAGUAAAAAAAUGUGACGCAUUUUUUUUAUCGAUCUAACCCCCAAAAUAACCUUUAUUAUGGACACAUUUCAGUGUUUUAGAUAUCGAAUCGACUAAUGUGUUUUUUUUAGAAAUGUGUUCUGUGGACUUCUGCAUGAGAGGCAUUACUGUGGAUGUUGUGUUGUUUUGUUCUAAGUCGACAUCAGAAAAUCCAGUGCUACUAACUUGCGCCCUGAAAUACAAUACCGCCUUGUGUACGGCUCACUGUCAAAACUCCAUCUAAUCACCGGCACACAACGAGCUGUGUUGUUCGUCUCAUCCCAGCCGCGGCGCUGCGUGUUUGUGCGUGCCGAGUGAAGGCUCACGCGAUAAGUGCCAUCAACAUUUAUACUUUUCAAUCGUGGAUAAAAUUGCACGUCCAAAACUGUGCUCUCUCUGUCACGCCCACCCAGAGCAUGUUUGGUUCUAUUGACGCACUCAAUUAGAACGACGGUUUUUUUCAACUUCGCCAAUUAAGUGAGACUUAACCCCAGAGUAAAUAAGGAAUUACGUAUGUUGCUGCGUCUGCCUCUGAACGUUUGAACACUGAGGAACACUGUGUGUGCUUGGCCAACUAAUGGGGAGCGGUGGCGCAGCGGUUCGCGCACCGUGCUGCGAACCCGGGAACCUUCGAUUCCCACGUUACUGCUCACGUGAAUGUCGAGUGACACGUGGGCCGGUCCUGCGCCUCCCCUAGAUCGACUCAGCCUCAAGGAGCGUUGGGCUGUUGUAAGCUUGGUGGCCAAGCGUGGGGCUGGACACCUUGUCGGCUCAAGUGUCGUUCCGGGCUUAUCGUUGGAUUGCUUGCCAACACCAACUUUCUGAAGCGGUCCUUGAGAGACUACGCGGAGGGAUCCUUGCGGUUGGCAAUGUGCACGGGAAGUGUAUUGCUUAAUGCCACGAGACUCCAGGGACAUAACACGGUAUUGGUAACAGUGGAUAUUACCACACUCAACACUUGCCAUUUCGCGAAAGCGGGAAACAUAGGCUAUGAAACAGCGCUGGUUAAAGAAGGGAAGAUGGGUUUUAUUAGAAAAAAAACUACAAGCGGGUGGCGUGUGACCAUGAAUAAUUAUGUAAUGGAGAACCAUUUACCCACAUGUAUACACGCGUGCAGCGUGCAUGUGCCAAUCCACUGCCAGACGAGGACCUUCCCGUGCCCGUGUGCGUCGUUGGGUGUUAUUCGAUCACAAUUCACCACACUGGCGAAUGCGGGAGGUACAGACACCGAAGCAUGUCACGAUCGUGCGAACAUGUUUACUGCACUGACCUCUGAACACCGAGCAUGCGGCCCUAUGUGACAAACGUGUGCAUGUUGAUCGCCCGCCCACGCACGAUCCAUUUCUCAACCCCGUUUAGCUGCCAAGAUCGGCCCUUUCUUGGUGAUUUCGUCGUGGUAUGUUGCUAAUUACCCUGGUCUCAUGUUGGAUUGGCUGGGGCGCACCAAUUGCACGGGCCCUUUGUUCGCGUUAGACGACCCCUGGGCUUUGUCUUGUGUGGUUACAUCAAAGGCUUGUGUGUGUGUGUUGUGUACGUGACAAAAGCGUGAGCUAUCAAUGACCUACGCCAACGCAUCAUUGAAUGUCGUGAGUAAAUCAGAUCGGUGUUGUUGGACACAUUGUCGGGAGAGUGUGAAAAUAUUUAAUAUGUGAAUUGAGAUAGGUGGGAGAUAUGUAGAUGCUUUGAAUAAAAAAUGUUUUCCC